AUGCCUCUCUCCCAACGUCUUCUCGGUCGUGCAAUGGCUUUCAUAGGAUUCAUUUGGAUGGUGCACUCAGACAACUCAACGGAAACUUCGGUCUCAAACAACAAUAAUACAGUUUUGAGCAACCAGUCACAGUCAAUCUCCGAGCAACUCAGUCAACUCACUGGUAACUCCGUGGAAGAAUCAGAGAAAGUUAUGAACUCGUGGCUUAGAGGACGACAAUGGGAUCUAACCACAUCGGUUCAAUUCGAUCAAGAAGUUCUUUCUCGUCUUCGUUCCCUCCGAGUCGCUCUUCUAGUCGUCGAUUUCCAGAAUGAUUUUGUCGACGGAUCCCUCAAAAUUGGAGACGGAGAUGCUGGACAGGAUCCAAACAAGGCCAUCCCACCACUCAACGAACUUCUUCAACUCAAUUCAUGGGAUCUUGUUGUGUACACCAAGGACUGGCAUCCACAUAACCACAUCUCAUUUCUCAGUCAAGCACACAAUUCGGAUAGAGAAAUGGAUAAGAAAGAUGAGAAUCGAACGCUCAACUUUUUUGAUUCGGUUCAAUUCAUGAAACCUAUUAAGACAGAACAAGUUCUAUACCCCGACCAUUGCAUCCAAAAAAGUUGGGGAUCAGAUAUUCAUCCAGAAGUCUUCAUUGUUCCAAAAGCUGAAUACAUAAUGAAAGGAGUUGAUCCAUAUCUUGACUCAUAUAGCGCAUUCAACGACAACAAUGGACUCUCGAAGACUGAACUAGAAGACGUGCUUCGUCGAGAAAAUAUCGAUGCUGUUGUCAUUGCAGGUCUUGCCUAUGAUAUUUGUGUACGAUUCACUUGCCUGGAUGCUGUCAAGCAAAACUUUCUGGCCGCUGUCAUACCAGACUGCAGUGCCGGAUUGACGAAAAAGGGAAUCACAGAAUCCGAAAUAGCGUUCAAAAAACAAGGUGUUGCAAUGAUCUCAAAGGAGGAAGCUAAAGAAAUCACAGAAGGUGCAUUUCUUCCAAAAGAAUGGGUUCGGAAAAUCGCUGCUGGCAAGAAAAAUCACUAA